UGGACCGGAGUUACCCCGUUCAAGUAAGCGCGGCAUUCUCAAGGGCACGGCACAGAGCAUGGAAAAAGGAUACCAGAACCUAAAGUUUUCACGCAAGUGCUUUAAGGCAACCUAGGACCUUCCCACCACCGAGGCCCUCCAACUGUGAUAAACGAGAUUCCAGGAUCGAUUCGAAUCCUACAGGAUAUACCAUAAGCUAUACCCUAACCAAGUUGGUCGAGAAGCAAGCAAGGACUCCCGCCAGGAUGCUGCUGCUCAACAUAUUCCAAUCGGGCAUCUUCCAGCCGGAAUACCGCCGCCAACUGCUGGUCUCUUUGAGUGCCACGCUGAUAACCUUCUGCCACGGCAUCGCCCUCGGCUGGCUGUCGCCCAUGCUGCCCAAGCUGCUGUCCCCCGAGCAGACGCCCCUGACCUUCCACAUCGACGUGGCGGAGGCCUCCUGGCUGGGCGCCGUCAUCAGCAUCGGUGGCAUUACGGGGAACUUCUCCUUCUCCUAUCUGAUGAACCGAUUCGGUCGGAAGGUCUCGAUUUACGCCCUCGCCGUCCCGCACACGUGCAUAUGGUUCCUGUUCUACUUCGCCCAGAACAUCGAGAUGUUGUAUGUGGCGCGGGUGUGCGCCGGUCUGACUGGCGGUGGCAUGUUCGUGGUGCUGCCCAUUUUCAUUGGCGAAAUCGCCGACAACAGCAUUCGCGGUCGCCUGUGCUCCUUCUUCACGCUCACAAUGAACACGGGCAUAUUGGUGGGCUUCGUGGUGUCCUCGCACGUCGCCUACCAUGUGAUCCCCUGCGCCGUGGUGGGUCUGCCGCUGCUGUACGUGUUUCUUGCCACCCGGUACCCGGAGCCGCCGCAGCAGCUGAUCCGCUGGCAGCGCGAGGAGGAGGCGGAGCGCUCCCUGCGCUUCUAUCGCCGGUGCGAUGGGCCCAAUGUGUCUAAGGAGGCGGAGCGGGACUAUCAGAAGCAGCUGGACGAGAUGCGCCUGGCCAUCCAGCAGCAGAACAAGGAGUCCGACGACAAUGGUCUCUCCCUCGCCGACUUCCUUACCAAGCGCUCCUUGAAGGCCCUGGCCACUGGCCUGGUUCUGAUGAUAGCCAACAUCUUCACGGGCACCUUCGCCUUCAACAACUACAUGUCCAACAUCUUUGACGCGGUGCACACCCAGUUGGAUCCCAAUACGAACACCAUUAUCAUCGGAGCCGUGCAGAUCCUGGGCACGCUGGCCAGCAUUUAUCUGGUGGAUCGCUAUGGGCGCAAGAUCCUGCUGAUAAUUUCCUGUGCCGGCAGUGGCAUUGGCACCUCUGCCUUUGGACUCUACGCCUUCUAUGCGGAGGAGCAGGAGGUGGACCUUUCGGCCUACUCCGCCUGGCUGCCCGUCACCCUGAUGGCCUUCAUCAUCUUCAUCGCCAACGUGGGCGUCAUUUCGGUGACCAUGGUGGUGCUGGUGGAGAUCCUGCCGCAAAAGAUCCGGGCGGUGGCCACCAGCUUCUGCCUGGGCUGCCUCAGCUUCUUCGCCUUCACCUCGCUGAAGACCUUCCCGCUGAUGAUGUUCCACCUGGGCCUGGCGGCCACCAUGUGGUUCUGUGGCGCCGUCAGCGCCAUCUGCCUCUUCUACGUGGUGGUCUGUCUGGAGGAGACCAAGGGUCGCUCCAUGUAUGACUAAUCUCGGGGAGAAUAAAGCUUAUUUAUACCACUUGGCA